AAAAAAAAAAAAAAAAAAAAAAAAAAAAACCUUUCCAGAAUGCGAGCGUUAACGCGCGCCGCGCAGUGAAGGCUCGGCUCGUAGGAGCCGUCAGGGCGCACGGACCAACCAUGUCCAACCGAAAGCACCGGGACAACCAGGAGAUCUGCGCCCGGAAGGUCCGCGAGCUGUCCCAGUCUGGAGUAAACAAACACUGCUUCGAGUGCAAUCAGCCCGGGGUGACAUACACCGACAUCACCGUGGGCAGCUUCGUGUGCACGUCGUGCUCCGGAAUGCUGAGAGGCCUCAACCCGCCCCACAGAGUCAAGUCCAUCUCCAUGACGACCUUCUCCCAACAGGAAGUGGAAUUUCUCCAAAACCAUGGCAACGAGGUUGGAAGGAGGACGUGGCUGUGUGUGUUUGACCCAAAGACAGACGCCUGCUCUGACAUGAAGGACUCUCAGAAGUUUAAAGAGUUUCUCCAGGACAAAUAUGAGAAGAAAAAAUGGCAUUUUUCCAAAAGUAAGAACCGGAGGGACGUGGAGGGUCCUUGGAGUCCAGGGAUCCAAGCGGUGGCCCCGUCCCAUGGUCCCUUAGGCAACCAGGCCCCCACCCAUAACCUGCCCCCCAACACCAGGUCCACAAGAACACUGCCUCAGUCCCAGCUGCCAUCAUGGGAUCGAGCUCCCACCAUCUCUCCCGCCGACAUGAGAACAGACGUGUUCACCGCCCGUCCCUCUCGCUCCCAAAGCUUCAGAGACCCGCCCCUGAAAGAUCCUGCCCUGUGUGGGAUUGAGAGACAGCGUCCAAGCUCGCUGUCAUCGGCGCUGGGAGCUCAUAACCACGCCCCCUCUUUCCCCGCCCUUCCACGACCCUCAGCAAGUAGCACUUUCAAAAACCAUUUCACUUUAGGUCGCACGGUGUCGGCCUCGGGGGCCACGGGGCCCUUCAGGGCCUUUCCAAAGUCUCUCAGUGUGGAUUUUGUCAGCCUGAACCACCCUCAUGCUCUGCCUCAGUCUUUGUCCCAGCAGCAGGCUGCUGCUGGCAUCGGCCAGACAACGCCACCCAUCACCACCCCCAACGCCCAGGAUAAAUACGCCGCCGUGUCGCAUCUAGACAGCGUCUUCUCUGACUCAUCGGCCACAGCACCAUCUGGUGGCCCACCGCAGAACAGCACCCUCUUUGGCAGCAGGUUGUCAUCCAGCUCGACCCCUGCCAGUUCCCCUGGUGUGGAUGCGGUUUCCAGUUCCCAAACCUUUGCAAAUUUCCCAAACCCAUUCAGCUUCAGCUCUGGCUCAGCUUCCCAGCAGCCUGUCGCCCUCUCCCCCAGUAACCCUUUCAGCAGCACCUCAGGAGGUGACUCCAACGCAUUUGUCACCUUACCUACGUCAGUUUUCCCGCCAUCUGCCUCCUUCCCAGCAAUUGCAUCCCAGAAUGCAUUUCCUCACGAGACAAGCAACCGGGCAGCCAACGGAUUUGACUCUUUUCCUGCAUCUGACUCUCAGCCCAAAGUACCUCGGCCCAUGUCAGUGAACCCGUUUACUGGUAACGUUAACCCAGUCGAGGGACAUCCCUUAAUCCUUUCAUUUGAUUGUACCCCUUUCGUAAUCUCACCCCCCAUGCAAACCAUCCAUCAACCAUCUCUGGGAACCAGAGCGGGAGGAGGAUGGGGGGGGGGGGGGGGGGGAGUGAACCUGAGGAAUUGCUGCCAUUUCAAUCCCUCUGGAGCAUCUUCACCUUCCGUCGGAGGGUUCGACCCCCCCCAUCCACCUGUACGCUCCCUUUCCGCCCCUCUGUCGGUGUUUACGCGUGUCCAUCAGGGGAACCAAAAUAAGGCGUGAAUGUUUCCAUGUGUCUUUGUGGAGGUGUGAGAGGACAGCUUCGUGUGAAUGUACUCGCCUGUGUGACAUUCGUCAAACACGUUCUCGUACCUGGUAGAAUCCACCUCAGGGCUCAGUUGGAGUCACGACUAAACAACACCUCUGUGAUUUUCGCGGUAACGCGCUCACAUUGCUGCUGCUACUUUGCUACUUUCAUCUCCUGCUUAAAAGUGCAACAAUGUUGCCCUUGUUUGUGUGUGUGUGUGUGUGUGUGUGUGUCUGUCUCAGUUGAGCAAACAUCCAAAAAGCCGUUAGAUCAAGAGAGGAGUCGCUGGUUGGAACAACCUCAACAGUAUUGCGAUGCUUGUUAGAAAGCUUCCGGAGAUCAGGCGGGAUGAUCUGUGUCGAAGUCCCCGUGAACAUGUUGGUGUUUGUUACUGAUCUGAUUUUCGAUUUCAGGACGGUCCGCGUUUUCCACUCUCAGGCUGCAUGCGCUUAGAGGGCUAAAAAGGAGAUGCUACUGAAUGUAAAAGCUGUGUAUACUUCAUCGCUUCAUGUACCGGACCAAAUGUUUCUAGCUGUUUUUCGGUUUACAUGGAGGCGAAGGUUAUUUCCCAUAUUUUGCCAAAAAAAAUUUUAAGAGAUGUAAUAUCAUCUUUGUAAUGACAAAUACUCAUAUUCAUAAAAUCAGUUUGUUGCUUCUUAAAUCA